UAUCCUCUUAUUCCUCUUUGGUCGGUCAACACUGGCACCGCUGCAGCCGUAUUUUAUCCGCGUCCGUUUCCAUCGUCAGACCACAUCGGUCCUGAUCGGUAGGUACCGUUUAAAAGUGUGGUUUUUUUCUUCGUUUUACCGCUCCUUGAAUGUUUAUGUGUGUGCAUAAUUAAUACAAAACGUCGUACGAUAUUAAAACUUAUAAGCAGUGCACAACACUAUUCGUCGUAUGCAGUGAYGAAACGAUUUUUGAUCUCUACAGACCGGCCCGACAAAUUAUAAGCGACACCAUUUAUUACGGAGGGUCAUUGAGGUGAUUAAUACCAUUAAUACCACUAAAAAUGAGUGAACAAAGCAUCGAUUACACAUUUGAUGCUGGAGCUAUCAUCUCUAAUAAACAAAAACCAAAGAAAAAACAAAAUAAUUCAAAGAACAAAGUAUCAGGCGUUAAAAAAAAUAAGGUUGCUAAAAAGAUAUUGGAUGAUUGGGUAAAUGAUGGUUGUAUUUACAGUGAAAAUUUAAAUCUCGAUACAAGUGGAACUUUACCAAUCUCAAAUGAAGUUGUACCAAAGAACAAAUUAUCAAACACUAAAAUUAUAAUGAGUGAACAAACCACCCGUUGUACAUUAGAUGCUGGAGUUACUACUUCAAACAAAGAAAAAAGAAAAAGAAAAGAAAAAAAUAAUUUAAAGAACAACAUUAAAAAAAAUAAAGUUGUUGAAGAGUUAUUGAAAGAUUGGGAAAGCGAUGAUUAAAAUACAAGUGAA